AUGAAAAUUGGAGAUUUUACCAAAGCGGAGAGGGUCUGCCCGUGUGACAUCACCGCAGAUUUGCGCACGUGGACCUGCGGAGAAGCAAAGGCGAAGAGGGGAGGCGGAACCCCCUGGGCGCGCAGGGAGGGAAUCAACAGUGCCCCCUGCGGAAGGUGAGCUUCGCAGGCUUGAUGGGUGUCUCAGGAUUGUCCAUCCCCCUGUUCCUAGCAACCUACAUGAUAUACAGCAAAAUCAAAAAUGACAACAAAAAUUUAACAGAAGCGGAAAAAAUUAUGGGCAAGUGCCUAUACAAGCAUGAAAAUAAUUUGAUACAAGGAAGCAAUUAUGAGGAAGAAAAAUCAUAUAAUUUAUUUUACUUAAUCCAUGCGAUAUAUAGCAACAUUCGAACGCUAAUAAAUUUUUACAUGAACGUAAAAAAGGUUAAUACAAAGGAUACCUCAAAUGAAUACACCAUUUUAUUUUUCCACUCUUACAAUGUCGACCGAUUUUUGCACACAAGAAAUAUCAAAACGUAUGCAGAAAGGCUCAAGGAAAUUUACCAAGAUAUUAACAAAAAAAAAAUGUAAACAUUGUCUAUGUCCCCCUGGACAGCAAACUGCUUUUUAAUAUUAAACACUUUAGCAAUAUGAACAACUGGUACAGCAUAUUAUUUCAUGAUAAAAAACAAAUUUUAAAAAUGAUAAAAAAUUACAACAUUAUGAAUAUCCCUACAAUGGUUUUGGUGGAUAAAAAUAUGAACAUAAUUAAUGAUAAUAUAAAUUAUUUACUGCUUCACCAAAGGAAGGAUUUUCCGUACAGAGAGGUUAACCAUUUGACGUACAUCAAUUGGUUAUAUGACAAAAAUAAUCGCAAAUACGAUUUUAAAAAAUUAAAUUCAGAUUAUGUCCUAUUUUAUUUUAACAAUGAGAAGGAUAACAAAGGGGACCUGCAGUCCCUCCUUAAGGUGAAGAAAAAACUGGCCGCGAAAAAUGUGAACGUGGAUAUCAUUUUUGUGAAGGACAUGGAAAUGAUGAAAGGGAAGACCCCCUCGAAGGGAGAUGGUAUGAUGAGUCAACAAGAAGCUGAGAAGGCAGGCCCAUUGACGGAUGAAAAAAAAGAGGGAAAUAUUCCCAGCGAAGGAAUCGGUAACGAGAAGGAUACACACAAGUUAAACACAAAGGAAAAGGAGGGACAACAAUCCGCUCUUUCAGGGGCUGAAAAGAAGGGAGAGAAAAAAAACACAGCUGAUCCAAGCAGCCAAUCGCAUGGCACAAAUGAUCAGACGGAACACUACGUCGAUGAUGUGUACUACCUGGGAGAACAAGAAAAUAACGCCAUCUACAAACUCCUCCUUUACGACAUGUUCGACGUGACAUUCAAACCUGUGUGCAUUCUGGUAAACAAAAAGGGAAAUAUAAUAAGCAAGUAUAUCCACGUGGAGAAAAAGGAAGAUGAAAUAGCUAGCUUUAUACAAAAUAAUUACAAAAGCUUACACGAAAAGGCCAAUGAAAAAAAUUACAUGUACAAAUAUGAAAAUGUUAGCAACUUAACUAACUUAAACGUGUUCUCUCCAAUCUUCAUUCUGUUUAGUGAGAAACUCAAUUUGGAUUUGCUACACCAGUACAAUGACAUGAUUGGACAGUAUAAUAAAAACAGAAAGGGGAAGAAAAUUAACUUCUACUUCCUAGUCACUGACGAUAAAAAGUACGAAGCUUUAAAAAAGCUCUGCGCAGUGGAUAACUCCACCCAGGCGGUCAUUUUGGAUUUGUUUAAUCAGAAAAUGUUCAAGGACAAGGUAAACAAACUGGACGUUAUAGACAAUAUCGGUGGGAAGAGCGUCAUUAACAAGGACAAGUUCUUUAGCUUCGUGAACAGGUACUAUGGCGACGACUUGUACGCCUCUCCCAUUGUGCUCACGAGGGGGGUCUAG